AUGCCGCGAUCUGUGCGUCGCCGAGAUCCUAGUGACGUUGGGAAGUUUGCCACUGAUCUCGCUGUUGGAGGUGUUUCUGCGGCUGUAUCGAAAACUGUUGUCGCUCCAAUCGAAAGAGUAAAGCUCUUGCUUCAGGUGCAGUAUUCACAUAAAAGCAUCGCCGCAAACGAUAGGUACAAAGGAAUUGUCGACGCUUUCAUUCGCGUUCCCAAAGAGCAAGGGUUUUUUUCUUUCUGGAGAGGGAAUUUUACAAAUGUUAUGCGCUACUUUCCAACACAGGCUCUGAAUUUCGCUUUCAAUGACCUCUAUAAAUCGGUUCUUCUCGAAAACGUGAAUCGCAAUGAGAAUUUUUGGAAGUACACCUUUCGGUCCUUAGCAGCCGGCGGCUGUGCAGGUUCUACAACUCUUUGUUUCGUAUACCCUCUUGAUUUUAUACGAACUCGAUUGUCUGUUGAUGUGGGUACCCAUAAAGCAAAUAGGGACUACACGGGCUUUGUGGAUUGCUUGAAAAAAACCGUCAAGUCUGAUGGUGUUGUAGGACUAUACCGAGGAUUCUUCAUUUCCAUUCAGACAUAUUUUAUCUACCGUGCUGUUUACUUUGGUAUGUACGACACAAUAAGACAGUUCGUCCAAGAGGAUAAGAGAAAUCUACAUUUCGUUAGUUCGUUCUUCAUUGCCCAGGGUGUUUCUAUAUGUUCUGCAUAUCUGACUUACCCCUGGGAUACUGUUCGCAGAAGGAUGAUGAUAAAAGGAACAUUGAGCACUGGUCGAGCUUUCGCUGCAGCAAAACGUAUCGUUGCUGAAGAAGGAGUACGAGGAUUAUUCAAAGGAGCUCUUGCUAAUAUCUUCAGGAGUAGCGGUGGAGCCCUUGUCAUGGCGAUAUAUGAGGAGAUACAAAAGCACCUGUGA